UUUGGCUCAGACGUCCUCACGAAUUCGGCAGCCCAUCGGGUGGGCACCAAAAAGCGCUUCCAACAAGAGGCCUCGGAAUCAUCAGCGAUGGUGGCGCUGCUUCUGCUUCGCUGGCUGUGCAUGUUGCUCUCAGUUUAUGGAUCUCACUUCUCCACCCGAGCAGAGCUACGAGAUGCGCUGCUCCAGUGGCACAAUGCCGACGAUUCCACCAAGUUGCAGCUGACCUCCUUGUGGGGAGCACCUGGUGAAUGGAACGUGUCGGCGGUGACCAACAUGAAUGGCCUCUUCAAGGACUUGGAAGACUUCAAUGAGAACAUCAGCGCAUGGGAUACUUCGAAGGUACUGGACAUGAGCUCCAUGUUCCAUGGAGCCACUGUAUUCAACAUGCCCAUCGGUGCGUGGAACACGUCAAGUGUGAAGACAAUGCGCAAGAUGUUCUACAAGGCGUCCAGUUUCAAUGAGCCAAUUGAUGCGUGGAUCACACCAGCAGUCAUUGACAUGGAAGACAUGUUCUCUGAAGCCAUGUCCUUUGAUCAGCCGAUCAGUUCUUGGAACACUGGCAAAGUCCGAACCAUGAACGGCAUGUUCUACAAUGCUGCGAAGUUCAACCAACCCAUCGGGUCGUGGA